CCGCUCACACCGGCGGCGGCGGCGGGGCCAUGAAGGUGAAGAAGAGCGGCGGGGCCGGGGCGGCGGCGGCCAGGACCGAGGAGGAGCUGGGCCGAAAGGCGCUCAUCGGGCCCGACGACGUGCUGGGGCUGCAGCGGGUCACCAGCGAUUAUUUGUGCACUCCAGAGGAAAAUGUUUACAAGAUAGACUUCACCAGGUUCAAAAUCCGGGACAUGGAGUCUGGCACAGUCCUGUUUGAAAUCACCAAGCCAGCAGCUUCAGAGCGGGAGCACAAUGACAGGAAGGAUGUGGACCCCAACGCCGGGCGCUUCGUGCGCUAUCAGUUCACCCCGGCCUUCCUCCGGCUGCGGCAAGUGGGAGCCACGGUGGAAUUCACAGUAGGGGACAAACCCAUCAAUAAUUUCCGUAUGAUUGAGAGGCACUACUUCCGUGACCAGCUGCUGAAAAGUUUUGAUUUUGAAUUUGGCUUCUGCAUCCCCAGCAGUAAAAAUACUUGUGAGCACAUCUAUGAAUUCCCCCAGCUCUCAGAGGAUCUCAUUCGAGAGAUGAUCCUGCAUCCCUACGAGACACAGUCGGACAGUUUCUACUUUGUAGACAACAAGCUGGUGAUGCACAACAAGGCAGAUUAUUCCUACAGUGGAGGACCUUGAGCUGCAUGGCCCCAGCUGUGCUGGCCUCCCCUUCCCUCUGGAAAUGGUCAGGGAUCCCAAACACCUCCAGCUCUGCUGCCUGCAAUGUCCCCUGGACAAGGAUCCACCAACCAAGGACUCUUUGCCACAGUAGGAGUUUCAUGACAUCUCUCUUGAACUUUGAAGCAGUUCUUCAGAAGUUUUAGGCUAAAAUCGUCUUUGGAUACCACUUCCCUAAGUUCUUUAAGUGUCUGCUUUGAAAAUGGCCUUGUGGGACCUGAGGGGUUUUGCCCUAAUUCUGUGAAUUUAUGUUCCUGCCCUCGAGUGGCUUUUAGGAUUGCUUUCCCAAAGAAUGUAAUCAGAGAAACCAUGGGAGUGGAUGGAUGCAAAGGCAGAGGUUUGGGUGGUUGUUUCUCUUUGUGAAUGCUUCAAAGGCCAAUUUAACUUGUCCAGCCUGUUGAAAAUAUCGAGCAAAACAUCUCACCAAGGCAAGUUCCAUCUUUAGAUUGGCUCUCCAUGAGUAUUUCAUGCUUUAGUUUCCAUCCUUCUGUGUAAUGUUCUGUUUAACCUUGGAAACACCAAAAACCUGCAAUGUAGAGCAGUAGCUCAGUGCCAGAGCUGUGUAAAUUGUGGGUUUUUACAUUUACAUUCCUCUUACAUUUCAGGUGAAGGUAAAAUGGCAUUGUGGCUCUAUGAACCUCCAUAAGUACAUUCCAUUAAUUUCAGGUUUUUUUGCAGAAUAAUCAGGGAAAAGCAGAAGGAUUUUAGCUUUAUUUAGCACUUUUGCUUUAUUGAACAUGCAGCCUUUUCAUGCCACACAUUCCCAUGUCUAUUUUCUUUCAUCUCUGCUCGAUACCAAGAUCAGGACUUCAGCACUGCUUGUUAAAGCAACGUUUUAAUUGUCUAGGGCAGCUGGGGAGUGUGGAAUUUCCAAUUUUUCUGUUUGUAUCUGCAUCUAAAGGAGGUUAAGACAGUGUUUUCCCUUUGUUAAAAUUUUUUCUCAUCAGAUAUUAAUACAGGUGAAACUAAAUCAAAUAAUCUACAACUUUAACAUACAGCAAAAAAUUUAGUAAAAAUUCUCUCUUCAGACUCUGUAAGAAGUUUAACACCAAUUUAGCCCCAGAAAUAGCAACACCAAGAAUAAACUACUGUGGGGUGACCUGUUGUCAUGAAACCCUUACUCUGAAGGUCAGUUCACUGAUAUUUAAAAAGAAAAACCAACAAAAAUCAAAGACAGUUGCAGUCUGUAGAUAUUUCUAUAAAUACUUGAUGUCUCCAUGUCUAAUUCUGUGAGGUUGAAGUGGAACCAUUCUAUGUUAGCCUCGGAUAGGUGUAAUAAUUGUAAUAAUUUUUAUAAAAAUACCAUUUCCAGUCGUGAGGAGCAUCUGUGUAGUCGCAGCCUGCGUCAGACAAACAAUUCCAAGUGUAGCCUAAGGACAGGGAGGUUUUUGUGCUCUUGUUGGGUUGUGGUCAUGUUUUCAAUGUGUCACCAUUUGUGUUUGCCUUGGCUUUUUUGACUGCUGAGAGAGGAGGCAGGUUUUUUUUUUUGGAAAAAACCACAGUGAUUUAGGUUGCAGCACAGUUCUCAUUAAGCUUGGUAGGUACAAAAGUGUGUCAAGUUCACUGAUUUUACACAAGUAGUAGCUUGUAGUAAUUAUUAUCACAGUGAGACUUGUAUCUAUCACUAUUUUUUGUCCUCUAGUGGAUUAAAUCAUACAAGUAGCUUACAGCUGACUGAUCAGUUUGAGAGAUACAAGGAUUUCCUCAUUAUUUGUGCAGCACUUUCAGCUACUGACCAUUAAUUUUAUAGCACAGUAAUUACUAAAGAUUAAAAUAGUUUAAAAAAUGUUUUAAUUCCUCCCCCAUUUUUUUUUCAUCAGGGCUGUUAAAUCAUAUAUCCAAUGACAUUUUGCAAGUUUUAAGUAUUUCUGAGUUUUGUUUCAAUUGGCAGGAGAAAAAAUGUUAAUUUAAAGACAAAAUAGAGUGUAUAUUUAUAAUUACCACCAUGUACAAGGUUUUUUGGGGGGAGUUAUUUUCACCUGCUAUUCAUAAGUCACUUCUGUGCAUAAGAUUUUUAAAAGACUUUUAGGAAUGGAAUUUGCCCAGAGUUGCCAGUCAUCUAUUUAAUAAGUUGUGAUGAGAUCAGCUGUACUUUGGUGUGGGCUCUUGGGUCAUUUGAUGGAGUUUCCUCUGAAAUAGUCAUUUUCUGCUCCUUUUUUUGUGCUACCUCAUUUCAAGACUUAUAAAAAAAAGAGUAAUUCCAUAAAAAUAUUACUGUGAUUAAGGGAAAUUGGAGGGGUAGACAUGUCCCUUAUGAAAGAACCAAGAGAAAGUCACAGUGUUUCCCAGGAGUGCAGAGCAUGAAUGGAAUUUCUGACAUUUUUCUAGGGUAGGUUAAAACACAAGAGGAUGAAUUAUCAGCUGCUCCUCUCCUUGAAAUCUUUUAUAAUUCAGAUUAUAUAUGUAAUAAUUCCAGUCUCACAGAAAAUUUUGUGUGAAUCAUGUGGGAGUUAUUACACCAAGUGAGUUUGUUGUUUAAUAUUAUUGGGAAUAUUUUAAGCCAGAAAUAAAGGUUGGACAUUUUCAAUAAAAUCAAUUUCAACCAAUUCUAGCUUUAGCUUUUCAGCUGGGACAAUUUUACCUUUAUUAAAAAUCCCCAGAGUUUGCCACAAAUAACAAAUUCUGAUUCCUAAACCAAGGCAAACACCAGGACUUUGUGGGAAGUGCAAUGAAGAUGAUUUUUAUUUUUUUUUAGUCCCACUGAAGUAGCUAUCACUGUUAUCUCAUGUCUUUGUUAGCAUUUCCUCAAGGUCAUGCACAAUCUUUACAAACAUGUGGGGAUCACUGUCCAGGAGAGAGUUUCUGUUCCAUUCCCACCUGCUCAUCACAUUGCUGUUGACAUGAGGCACAUAAACAGCACUAUGAGAAUCUUUCUUCAAAAAUUUUGGCUGUGCAGUUGCUGUUUUAAUGCCACUUCUUGUUUUGCUUAAAAAACACCUUCAAAAUUUGGUGUUACAGACCAAACUUUGUGCAGCACCCAAUAAUUUCAGCUUCCUUCUGAAAGGGAGCUGAGUUUGCAGCCCAGUUGUGAAACCCACAUUUUUUCCCCUUAAACUGGCAGCUGAUUCUUAUUAUAAACCAGUUGAGAAAUGAAGUCUUAGCAGCCUUGUUCACGGAAGAAUUUGUUUAAUGUGCUUAAACUAGCUAUUAUUUUGUAUUUAAAACAUUCAUCAUUAUUGGGUUACUUUGGAAGUUCAUUGUGAAAUCACAAAAUAUUGGCUCUGGGAAAAAAAUAAUUGUUGUAUUUCUUCCUUGAUCUCAUUUUAAACAUGACUUUAAUUAGCACUAGAGCUCUGUUUUAACAAGCCAGCCUGGCAAUUUGGGAUCUGACUUUCUGAAAGUGAAAGAAAACAUCAAGAGCUAACCAAGAUUAUCUGCUAAUAAUGCCCGGCUGUUUCCUGUCAUAAACCAGGAUUAAAUGUGUGCUUUACACAGUGACUUAUCUUGGAAAAAGAAACCUAAGUCUCUCUGAGUGCUAAUAGUGACAUAAUUUUUCUGAGAGACAAGGAAAUUACAGCUCAACACAUUCUUUUGGGGAAAUUAUAAGUUGACAUGUUUUUUUCACUUUGUCAGUCUUGGAUUCCUUUAGUAGUCAGGGUUUUUUAAGAAAAGCAGCAACACAUUGCAUGCUCUAAUAACUCACACUUCCGUGGCAGGGAGAGAACCAUUUCUUUUCAGAAUUAACACAUCAGCUGUGGUUGAAAAUCUAGAAGCUUUGCUCUCAGUUCAGUGGCAAAAGCCAAAAUUGUUUCUGUGAAUUAUCUGUUACGUGGUGACAUUUCUGAAACAACUGAGUGGUCCACCCUUCCUGAACUCAGAGGAAUUUAUUUAUUUAUUUAUUUAUUGUAAUGUAGAAGGUCUCUCCAGGGUUGAAAACAAUCUGCUGGGGUUUUAGUUCUUGCUCAUAAUCUCUCUCUGUGUCUUGUUUUUUGGGCAGGUCCACCUCUGUCCUCUGAGUUUUAUUCAAAAUCUUGUGUAGUGUCACAGUGGUGGCUGGCUUGUGUGUGAAACACACAAGCUACCAACUUCCAAAUCCCUUCAGUUUGAGAAAAAAAGUGUGGAAGUAUAUUGAGAAUUAUCCUGCAUAUCAGCCCAUAAAAAAAUAACCCCAAUCUUCAUGACAAAAGUAAAAGGGAACUCUUAAUCAUGCAAGGAUUGGGGCUAUUUGAGGUAAGAAAAUGCUAAUACCCAACUGUCACAUUUAGUAAGAAUUAUAAAAAAUGCUCUAUUAAUUAUUCAUAACCUGGAAAAGAUGGUUAACAGCUCAGUUUUAAUUAGGAAGGAAAACCAUAGAAGUCAGUGCUGUUGUUUGGGGCUGCAGAGCAGCAGCUGGGAACCGUGUGUGUGGCACCAAAAUUUGGGCAGGUUUGUGUUCAUUUGAGGGGGGAAAGUGAGGGAAAGGAGGACAAGGACAGAAAAAAGAAUUAAUUUCAGCUUUUUGGACCCAAGAGCUCCAAGGCCAGGGUGAGUGACUCAAUUUUCUGCUGGUCUGAGGCAGCUGGGAGCUCCUGCUCGUGGUUCUCUACCCCCAGCAAAAACACUGCCUGAAUUCAUAGAGGCUUUCAGUAUUAAAUAUUAAAUACCACUGAGAGUUCAUAUCAUUUAAUCUACAUGGAUAUUGCUGGUUUAUUUGAGGGGUGUGAUGCUCCAGGUCUCCCCUUGCAGCUCCCCAUCACUGGUCAGUGGGGUGAAAUGGUGUUUGUGUGUCUGCAGCCCCCCAAAAAACCCUCUGUGCUCCUGCCUGCUCUGGGUCUGCUUGUAUCUUAAUGCACCCAGCAAACCUGUUUGAAUGUGACUUUUGUUUUUUUUUUCUCCUUGCAUAGAGACAGAAUUGUCUGUAUUAAAAUGUAUUUAUAAAAAAAAAUAUCUAUUUUUUGUGGAAGGAAAGUAGGAUUCUGGUUACUAUACCACUGGGAAACACUGGGAGCAUUUUUACUGAGUUAAUUUCUAAUUCUUUGUACCUUGGUAAUGAUUUGUUUGCUAGGAGAACAUCCACUGUGGCCCAUCCUGUGGCAAUGCAAUGCACUGUCCUGCAGAGAAUCUGGUUUUCAGAAAACUGGGAGUCUUUUGUUUCCUUUUUGGGACAGGAGGGAACUGAGGAAAUCACCAGGAAUAGAAGGAACCUUGGCACAGAAUCCCUUCUGUGGCUUUGGCUUCAGCCUGUUUCACUUUUUGCAGAUUAAGUAGAGAGAGAGAAAAGAUUGAGACUUCAGGAUUAAAAAAAAAGAAGAA